GCUGUGGGUGGAGAAGGGUCACAGCCCUCCCUGAGUGAGACUGGCCUGCUCCCUGCCCCUGUGCUCUCUGAGCUCCAGCAUGGUGUGCCUGCGGUUCCCCGGAGGCUCCUGGGUGGCCGCUCUGACGGUGACGCUGAUGGCACUGAGCCCUGCCCUGGCUCUGGCCAGGGACACACCAUCGCAUUUCCUGAUUCUGGGGAAGGCCGAGUGUCAUUUCUCCAAGGGGAUGGAGCGGGUGCAGUUCCUGGCCAGACAGAUCUACAACCAGGAGGAGUACGUGCUUUUCGACAGCGACGUGGGGGAGUUCCGCGCGGUGACUGAGCUGGGGUGGCCCAUCGCUGAGGAAUUGAACAGCCAGGAGGACUUCCUGGAGCGGACGCGGGGUGCGGUGAAUACCUUGUGCAGACAGAACUACAGGGCGUUUGAUGGAUUCUCGGUGCAGCGGCAAACUGCGCCCACAGUGACCGUGUUCCCGGCCAAGACCCAGCGCCUGCAGCACCACAACCUCCUGGUCUGCUCCGUGAACGGCUUCUACCCGGGCCCCAUCGAGGUCCGCUGGCUGCGGGACGGCCGGGAAGAGCAGGCCGGGGUGGUGUCCACGGGCCUGAUCCGGAACGGGGACUGGACCUUCCAGAUGCUGGUGAUGCUGGAAACAGUGCCCCGGAGCGGGGAGGUCUACACCUGCCACGUGCAGCACCCCAGCAGCUCCAGCCCCGUCACCGUGGAAUGGAGGGCCCAGUCCGGAUCCGCACAGAGCAAGGUGCUGAGUGGAGCCGGGGGCUUCGUGCUGGGGCUGCUCUUCCUCGGGGCGGGGCUGCUGGUCUCCUUCAGGGCGCGGAAAGGACACUCUGGACUUCAGCCCACAUCUAAUAAUCUUUAA